AUGACAUUUAAAAAUAACUUAUGUGCCCUUUCAUCCAAAGUUGAACAAGAUACAUUUGUAUUGACAUUGAUGGAAGUGAGAAAAGCCAAGAGAACAAACAAUAAAAAAACUACAAGGAAUGACCGUGUAGCUACAAAAUAUUUUAUACCAAAUGUAAACGGAGACAUGAUAAAUGUAUGUGCGCAUGCCUUCAGUGAUAUUACAUCUUUAACUAGAAGAAGGCUCAAUAUAAUCUGUAAAAAUUUUAAUGUUCAUCAUCAAAGCCCAAAAGAAAAAAAGAGGAGGUUAACACUUAAAUGCAUCAGAAAUCGAAGUGACAUUGUCAAUAGAGGAUCAUAUUAA